GUUAUCUCCCUCGCCCAGUGAUAUUGUUUACAAAUGGCCGAUUGUUGCUAAAUAGAUCACUCGACGAGUUGAAAUACUAUACCCCACGAAUUACAGAACCCUUUGAUGUCCUACGCCAUGGCACAUGACUUAAUCCGCCCUGCUGUGACACUGUAUCGAGAGACAGACCCUAAAAUCGACAUGAUGGCUGCAGUAACGGCCAUGAACAGGAUAGCUCAGGUUGCAUGUGAGAGAAUAAUACUCAUGAUGAAUAACACAGGUCUCGUGAAAGAGCGACGCCUCUCCAGCAUGGACCAGGUAGUUACGUACUUGAUCGGAAAUCACGACGAUAUCGGUCUUUCCGGCGAUCGUGGUGAUCUUUAUCGGCGGAAAUUGGCGGAACAGAUUUUCCUGGCCUUUGCUGUGGACGGUGUUGACCACAACAAUGUCGUGGUUAUUGUUGAGGCUGCCAUCAAACUCGAACGGGAGACUCGAAGAAUUUUGAUGAAUAGUGCUGAUACCCGUUAUUCGGCUCCAGGAGUGAAAAUUGAUGAACAGGUUCUAAAUAUUUUAGCGCGUAUCGCUGAGAUUUUUUAAAGUGAAGAAUAGUUGUCAAACUAUUACAAAGUCUACGCAUAUAAAUUUUUCUUUGUUAAAAUAAGUUACUGUUACUUUGUAAUAUUGUUUUAUAAAUAAAGUGUUUUUUCAUGAUUUUUAAA